UGCGGGUACCGUGAGGGGUUCUGCUCUCUCUGUGGGGGGGCGGUCGGCGGGCUAUCAGCAUGAGGGCGAUGUGGUUAAAGCGGCAGGCCCUCGUUCUGGCGGGGAUCGGACUCGUCUGCGGCGUCGGCUUGUUCCUGAAGAGCGGGUUAGAGGAUGCAGUGGCGGAUGACAAGGAGCUGGACACACAGCGCAUGAUCCGGACCUUCUCUGACCUGGAAGCAAGCAUCGGCAACCUCUCCAAUCUACUCAGCGCUUUUGGGAAAAAGCAGGAUGCCAUGCACAAAAUGCUCGAAGAGAACCGAGCCAGAGAGAGAAAAGCAGAGGUGGAACGGUCGCCCGUCCAAAAGCAACCUGAAGCAAAGAUCCAGGACAAAAAGGACGCUCCCAGAGAGAAAAAGUCCAACAAGCUGUUCCCCCACUCUGCCCUGUUCAAGGAGUGGGGGGAGAAUCUCUCUGAGGACGACCAAAGAGAGGCGCAGGGUUUGUUUGAGAACUAUGGAUACAACGUUUUUCUCAGCGACCACCUUCCUCUAGAUCGAGCUCUUCCAGAAACCAGGGAUCCAAGGUGUUUGAAAAAGAGCUACCCAAAGGACCUGCCAAGUCUCGGCGUGGUGCUGAUCUACCUGAACGAGGCCCUGUCUAUCAUCAAAAGGGCCCUGCGCAGCAUCAUCGACCGCACCCCUAAAAACCUGCUCAAGGAGAUAAUAAUGGUCGAUGACAAUAGCUCUAAUGAGGACCUGAAGGGGGACCUUGACAUUUACGUGACGGCACUUGAGCAGCAGAACCCAAAUGUCCGUAUUGCAAGAGUGAGGCACAACAAGCAGCGGGGCCUUGCCUACGCCAGGGCGUCUGGGUGGAGGGCUGCUACAGCAGAUGUGGUAGCUAUCCUGGAUGCACACAUCGAAGUUCAUGAGAUGUGGGCUGAACCCCUGCUGACACAGAUCAAAGCUGACCGAACAGUGGUGGCGUCCCCCGUGUUUGACAGAGUCAACUUUGAUGACCUCAAGGUUAUUCAGUACCUUCCAGCGGCACACGCCUUCGACUGGGCUUUAUGGUGCAUGUAUGAGGGUUUUACACCUGAGUAUUACAAACUCAAUGACAGCUCAUUGCCUGGAAAGAGUCCAUCCGUCAUGGGAAUCCUUGUCGCUGAAAGGAAGUUUCUAGGAGAAAUUGGACUCCUCGAUGAAGGAAUGAAAGUGUACGGCGGAGAAAAUGUUGAGCUGGGAAUUCGCGUGUGGACCUGUGGAGGCAGUGUUGAAGUAGUUCCAUGCUCCAAGAUCGCCCACAUAGAAAGGUACCACAAGCCCUACAUGCCUGACCUGAGCCCUGCCAUGAAAAGAAAUGCCCUGAGGGUAGCAGAAGUCUGGAUGGAUGAAUACAAACACAACAUCAACUUGGCCUGGAACUUGCCAUUUGAGAACCACGGAAUUGACAUUGGGGAUGUCUCAGAGAGGAAAAAACUCAGAGAAAGGUUGAACUGUAAACCUUUCAAAUGGUACCUGGAAAAUGUGUAUCCUAAGCUGGAUCCCUGGGACAACCUACUUGCCUAUGGAGGACUGAAGAAUCUUGAUGCUAACAUGUGCAUCGACCAAGGCCCAGUGCCAGGUCACACACCCAUCGCCUUCCACUGCUUCUUCUAUGGACCCCAAUUCACUUAUUAUCGUGCAACUGGUGAGCUCUACAUUGGCGGCAUCAAGUCCCACAAGUACAAUGACAACCGCUGUUUAACUGACACCGGGAAAAAAGAAACUGAGCCUGGCCUUUACAACUGCAAAGAGGCUAUGCAGAAAGGCAUGGGGAUUUACUGGGAUUUCACUCAGGGCAAAGAACUGAAGAACAGGGAGACAAAAAGAUGUCUGGAAAUAAAAAAAAAACAACUUCUGAUACAGGAAUGCUCAGGCCAAAGAUGGGAAAUCCAAAAUAUAAUCAAAGCUUUCUGAAGUAUAUGUAUUACCAACGAGAAGUUCACUUCUCUGCUCAUAGGUCAGCGGAUGACAACACCUGAAUGUGUAAAAUGUAAAAGAAAGUCAGUGACAUUUGACCACUGCUGUGACUCCUGUAUUGUUUGAAAUGCAUUUGGGAUGGGAAAAGC